AAGUUCACUGGCUGCUGCGCCAAAUGGCAAGUGACGGUGGACGGACUGCCAGUUCCAUUCAACCCGUGCAGGAACAUCACGCCUUUGUGUUCCCCGUGCUGUCAUGGCGCCAUCAGGUGUAAAUGGAUGCAGGGCAAACCACUGUAAAUGCAUCACGUCACCAUCACGAUGAGCGAGUGGAAAGAGAGGAAAUUGAAGGAGACUAACGAGAAGAAAAGAAAGAAGAAGAAGAAGUUUCGACUGGUGAUGCAAAGUCAGGCCACGAAGGGCGAAAAGCAUUUCCUUGUUCCCGAGAACCGUCACUCAAGAUGGAAAGCAAAGCAAGAAGAUCUGGCCGUCAUUACAAAGAACGCCGUGUCUGAGGGGGAGUGUGAAUAUUGGAUUAAGAGGCAACAUAAGAACUUGCACGUCCACAUCACAUAA